AUGGUGAAUAACUCAAUCAAACAAUGCAUUCUUGCUGUGGGUAAAACCGGCAAUGGGAAAAGCUUCACAGGCACUAUUCUCGGCGCACAAACUCGUGUCGGAUCAACUUCCAAUUCCGAGACUAAUCAAGUAUCCAUACAUCCGUGUGGCAACGAUAGAUUCUACAUUGAUACUCCUGGAUUCGACGACUCCGAUGAAAACGUUGAUGACGCUAAUACGGCAAGAGCAGUAUUAAAAUCCAUGGCGGAUCAGCAAAUUCAUAAAUUAAACACUAUACUUUGGUUCGUGACCCCUGACUUACGUGCUACUCAGUCGUAUAAACGUCAAGCUAGAUUUAUCGAAUCCUUGGCUCAAUAUCAUGACGGAAAUGUUUGGGAUAACACGAUCAUUGUCACUAAAGGAUUGGAAACCGGUACGGGUGCACGCGAAGCAGCGCUAGAAACUGCCAAAAAGUUUUAUAAACUUAAACAUGGAGAAGAAGUGAAUUACGACAUUGAUUUAUUAGAAAACACAAAGACAUUUCAAAUAUAUUUAUUUGAAAAUCUUGAUGAAAGGAAUGUGUACAGAAAACAAAAUUUUGAUAGUGGUACACUUAAUGAGUAUGGCAUUUAUAAAAAAAGUGAGCCAGAAAGGAUUCGAGCAGCCUAUGAAACGUUAAUGGCAGGACAUGAAAAGCAUCCGGUUAAACUUUUGUUCAUAGAAGCGGAAUGUUUAAACUGUCCUGAAAAAUCUGAUCCACGAUUGGCAAGUUCAAAUUGUCAUGGCCAGUUGACAAGUAUUCACGGCGCGGAACAUAAAAAGAUCCAUACCGGUCAAAGAAUAAAACGGCAUACUAGAAGGAAGAUCUGCAAACAUCCGGGACCUUUAAUUUCGUAUCAUCCUGGCAAUUGGUAUCGUUCUCAUACUGAUUCCUCAUUUACUCAUCCGGGUCAAAUAAUUGGUGGAACACCUUAUACAGAAUUCCAUCAUUAUUUAAUUUUCGUACUUGGAACGGAGACAAAAUACACGCCAAAAACUUAUUCAUGCUGCGGUGGUGACCCUGGUUCUGAUGGCUGUAGUUAUGCAUGUUGUGGCAGUAAAUCUACAGCUGGUUGCAAAGAAGCUUAUACUUGUUGUGGUAGUCUUGACAAAUGUAAGCAAAAAUAUUCUUGCUGUGGAUCUGAAAAUGCCAAAGGUUGUGUUAACAAUUGGGAAUGUUGCGGUGAAGAAAGUGAUGAUGGAUGUCUUCAUGAAUACACGUGCUGCAAAGCUUCUCAACAAUGCGAAAAACGAGAAUGCUGUAGUAUUGUAAGCGGUGAAAAUGGCAAAGGUUGCCAUCCUGUAUUCAAAUGUUGUGGCGGAGAACUUUACUCGACAGGAUGCCAAUCUGUAUGCCAAGUAUGUCGUGAAGAUAUUUUUUCUACUCCCGGUUGUGGCGCCAAAACUAAACAUGAUUACGGUCCAAAUGUUCCACAACCUUAUGGUUGGCAUUUAUAA